CUAAAUAUUUCGGUAUCCAAAUCGGUAGUUGUUGAAUACGAAUUAAUUACCUUGGUAAUUAAUAAUUAAAUAUAUAAAUUAUAUUUUAUUGUUUAAUUUAGAGCAAAGAGACUAAGUAAAGAGUCUUGAGUUUGCCUAGAGCUAGGAUAUGGACAAGAGAAGGGAGGAGAGGUGACAUCUCAAAUUCUGGUAACUGGGUAUCUUUAAUUUGUCGAAUUGGAGGCUGCGAGAUGACUAAUACUAGUGUUUACCUUUUGGUGUUAUAAAAAUAACAUGAGAUUAGGUGAGAGACGACAGUAACUUAAACUGGAAAGUCGAAAUCGAGUUGGAUAGGGGCUUCUAAGUUGUGAAAGAGUGAGGAAUGACCAAAGGUUGUGUGCUAUAUUUCAUUAAUUUUUAAUUUUUGGCAUUUCUCGGUAUUUCAGUAUAUACCGAUCCCAAUCCUGUAAUCCCGAAUAUCAAAUAGCACUCCAAUGAAUCCCAAUCUCAAUCACUAAAAUAUAAACCGGUAUUCGAUAAUACCAAUUAGUGAUAAAUUCGAUACGGUAUUUGGGUUAUCCCAAAUACUGGUACCAAACUUCCAGCCUUACUCGUAGUGUAGAUUGAUACAUGUAAGAGUUUGUAUAAUUGAGUUUGGAGAUAUAUCGUCCGUUUUGAGUCAAACCCGUAAGGAUUUAUUUUUGGGUGUCGACCCCAAAAGACAUUGUACCAGUUGGACUAGGUGCGUACUUAUAAUAUACAAGGUUCAUUUUUCUUAUAUUUUUCAAAGCGGUACUUGAAUUUUAUCGUAACAUCAAUCCUUCCCUCAAGACAGGGAAUGCAAACUUUUUGUACCUUCUCUUGCUGAUUAUCUUGAUCCUCAAACACUUUGCAUUGAUAGACUCUCCGACCCAAGGAUUUACCAUAUACAAACCACAUUUGAUAUGCUAUAGAAGAGGUCACCAUAAGUAUUGGCAACGUGAUCUCAAAUCGUUAAUUUGCAUCAUAAGUGAUGAGGAACUGGUUGUGUCACAAAUAAUGACGCUAUUUUUCUUCAAAAAUAUUUGAAUCUAACGACGGUGAUUCCUAUCAUUAGUAACAAGGUAUAGACCUGGUUACGUUUUACAAAUACCAUGAACAAUUCAAAAACCUUUAGCAACCAAUCGCCCCCUCAAAGCUAACAAUUUUAUCAUGCAUGUUAGUCGUCUUUUUGAAGGUCGAAACCGGGUUCUCAUACACAUCAUCAAUUUCAACUUUCAUGUUCCGAAGUCGCUGUACAAAAAAUCUGCACUAAGAGAAUAUCCUAUUGCUAGUUUCAUGAUAUCUUAUGAACUAAACUACGAUUGGAUUGUUGUCACUAAUUAAAUAUCCUAUGUAGCAUAUGCACAACCAAAUCCACUGAUCGACUGAUAAUCUCUGCAUAUAAUUAAAAAGUUGGUGUAACAGAGGUUAGAGUUGAUGAUGACCUGAGGAUGAGUUCAGUAGGCAUCAUGUAAUUGGGAUCUGGCUUUAACUAUCAAAUCUCUAAUCAAACAAUAUUUAUUUGAUGCAUGCGAUUGAGCGAUCGAGAUAAAUGGUAUUUAUAUUAUAUAUAUUGUUGAUUAAUCACAGGUUUGGCGCACAUUGUAAUACAAAGAAUAAGAGAUCACAGUAUCAUACUAUGAUUGUGGCACUUCCUUCUAAUUUCAGAAGCUUUUAGUGAGCUAAUACCGAUCCACCCAAAGAUUUAGUUGUUUGUGAGUACUGCACAGGUAGCACAAGUACCUGAUAAUUUAAAAUUCAAAGAACCCUGGGUAGGUGAAAUUCUGACUCAGCCCGUCUUAAUUCGACUCCGGUUGAUGCUUUCUAGUACACUGCUAUGUGAAACCGCAAUGAAGAUCGUGUGGAAUACGUAGCAAAAUGGUAUUUAGAAAUAUUUUUUUAGUUUAGUGAAAAAAAAAAAUUAUUGUCAAAAUAACACUAAGAUAAAACUAGAUCAGGACCCGCCCGUUGGCCGGAUCAAUUUCAUUAAUAGUAUAAAUAACAUUAGUAAUUGCCCAAAGCAAAACAUGGUUUAUUUCAUACCAUAAAAAUUUCAAAUCAUUUAAUUACUGAAAUCAUGCUCUUAUAAUUUUUAACAUGCAAACCCGAUUUACUAAUGGAAGUUCUUACUCAAAGUAGAAAACAAAAGUCAUGCAAGGAAAUUGACUCCUAAGAAUUUAAUAAGACUACCACACUAUUUACUCCUCGAUGUCAAGAAUUAUAGCAAAUUCCAUUUUGGUUUUCUUGUGAUGGCUCGGCUACGCCUCUAAAGCACCGUCAUCUCCACCAAUUACAAAGUUUUUGUGUUCCUUAGCGAAAUACUGUUCUUCACGAUAGGUUGUUCGUCCUUUUUUACAUUGAAAGCCAGUAUUUAAUAAUCAAAUGUUUGAAAAUAUUGAUUAUUACACAGUAAAAUUUAUAUCUCACAAACAUUUUAUGAGACUUGUUCUUUCCCUAACGCCGAUAAACAACCAUGUGACCAACAAAAAAUUUGAUAAUCUAUAGAUUGAAAACUUAAUGAAUAAUAGUAGAUGUUGACUAUUUUGUAAUAGAUACGUUUCAUUUUUUUUUUCUUACAUGUCUGCAAAUUUGGUUGCCCAAUUGUAAAAAUGGCUUAGGUGACAUAAUCAUUCUAAGUUGAAUUUAAGAAGAUAUGAAAAUUAGUAAAUGGUUGCCCAAUUGUAAAAAUGGCUUAGGUGACAUAAUCAUUCUAAGUUGAAUUUAAGAAGAUAUGAAAAUUAGUAAAAGUCUAGUUAGCAAGGUUAUACCCACUUUCAUAACAAUCUAACAAAAAAUUGAUGGUGGGGAUAACAUUAAGAAUUGUCGUAGAGAUCGGGUACCACAAUUGAAGAAUUCAUAAUUUAUGAAUGCUAUUAUAUAUGAUUCAAUAGAAUGCUUGACUAACAUAUUUAAUUUUUUACUCCAAAAUAUGUCAAAAUAUAUAUUAUUUUAUAUAAUUUUUUUGUUUUGUUAAAAUUUUGAAAUUUAAAUUAUAAAAUGAAUAAUGAAUAAUUAAAAACUAAUAAGAGAGUGCUUAUGCACCUGAAUUAUACACCUAAUAUGUUAAUAAACUAAUAAUAAUCUAAAUUAUCUAAAUGGAUACAACAAAACACCGUUGCUAAUAAUAUAUAUAUAACAAAUAUAUAAACAAAAUUUAUAAUGUUUAUAAUAUCGGUGCUUUCAAUAAAAUUUUUAUGUUACAAAUUGAAUUUGUACUUUUAAUGUUAUAGUUAAAUUCAGUUUGAGUCUACACAUUUUCGUACAAUUUUUUAUAGUAUUAAUUAAACUUGUACUUUUAAUGUUAUAAUACAAAUUUACUCAAUACAUAUAACUUUUCAUCCAAAUUCAUUUAUGAUACAAACUGAAUAUUUACCUUUAAGGUCUUGGUAUAGUCUAUACAAGCGUAUUUCGUACAAAUUAUUUUACGAUUCAAACUAAACUAUACUUUUAACAUUGUAAUACAAACUCAACUUGUAACAUCAAUAUUUUGAUGUAUAAUAAUGAGCUCAUAUAUAUUUAAAUAAUUAAACAGUGAUGGGUAGUGGCUUUCUUUUUAGUUGGAGUCCAUGGAGUCACGAUUUUUUCAGUUAAUAAGUGGACUUUCUCUUUAGUUGGAGUCCCAAAUUUUUUAAUUAUUAACUGGCUAUUUUAAGCUAAUGACCAAAUAAUCCUUCCUUAUUGUGCGCAAAAGCUAGGGAAAAGCUAAUUAGGUGGGUUGUCAAGAAGAACCUCUAUAUAUUGUUUCUAGGACAAUACACUUCGGUCUAUGGUAUACUGGUUUAAAGCAUAUCAAAACUCGCAAAAACUUAAUAGUAUAUCGUGAUAAAUAGAAUCAUCCCUUUAGAAUGAAUUAUUCUUCAAUUAAGGACACAAAUACCAUAUAAAAGGCCCAUGAUGAUAUAAGCUUCUAGAAAAAAAAUUGUGGAAAGAAUGAACAUUGCACCAAGAGAGUAAGGUACUUAUCGAUAAGAGUUAUCAACAGUUUUCGAACGUGAAACCAUGACAUUACCGGUAAUUGCUGCUUACCGCGAGCUGUUAUAACCAAAAUCGAAUCGAUUAUCGCACUCCCAAAAGGAUACCCUAUACAUAAGGGCUAAGUUGGCAUAUCUCUCGCAUAGGCGACGGUGACUCCAUAUAGUUCAAAAGUACUAAUAGUUAAAUAUGAAUAAGUAGAGCGACCAAAACCAAAACCAGAUAUUUUGUUUUUGUAUCAUAAACUAAACAUUCAAUUAAAUUAAAUGAUGAUUCACGAAUGCUAGAAGCUGCCUAAAGCUUUGCUGUGCUGUAACGAUCAAGCAGUCUUGAUUGAACCAAACUCAUUCAUUCAUCCCAGGAGAGAGAUCAAUGCUCUUUUUUUAAUCGCAGGGGCCAGUUAAUUAGUGUCCUAAUUAAUUGUUGCUUCAAAGGACUGGAUUCCUUUCCAGCUUUCCCUUCGAUAUCGACAAUAUACGAGAAAACAUCUUGUCAAAAAAGAGAAAGAAAACAUAAGCAGAAGACAUGAGAAUUAUUGCACUUUCAUCGGACCCAGUUUCUUCUUUUGGGGUUUUGUUGGUGCUGUCGGAGAAACCAUGGUUAGCUAGCAUGGCGAGCUGGCGACACUUGCUGAUUAAAUAUAUGGUUAAGGGGCCAAAUUAUUUGCCCAAAUCAUGGACUAGUUGUUUGUCCUGCAAUAUAAUCGCUUUGUAGAAAAAGAUGAGACGCGAGACGGUAUUAACGUGGUAUCCCCGAUUAGUUUGAGAUUAAUUGAUGAUUCAAUAAUGUUUUAUAAACGUCAAGGGAAAUUAGAUUCAAUAUGAUGUUUAAUUUAGGAAAAUCACAUAGCUUCCGGUUUUAUCAAAUGCACAAUAUAUACGGUAAUUUUGUCAAUAAUUAACAACAUGAUUUAGGUAUUUUCAAACAAAGUUCAAAUAAAAGUGUUAUGUGUGAAUGAAAUCUAAUUUAUAAAAAGAUAUUCACGAAAGGAGAAGUUAGAUAAAUAUAUAUAUAUAUAUAAAGUAAAGCUCGAUAUGUGUGGGUCAGAGUUGUGGUUAGAAUAAAUUAUCCAACCAAGAAUUAGAGUUGCGACACGAGCUUUGGUCGGACCAAUAAACCCAUAGGGGAACCUCAUCACAUCAGUGAUAUCGGUAAAUAGCUAUAGAUUCUCAGUUUAUUGAUUUGAACGGAUUCACGGGGUCACGUAGGAUGAAACUGGAGAUAUAAGUUGUCAAAAGAAUUAUGACGUUGUGUCAUUGUUUGCAUCACUUGCUACAACUUAAUCUUGCACAAAAUUAUAAAGCAUAUGUUCUAGCUAGUGAUUAUUUUCUCCUCUUUUAGUUUCUUGGAUGAUCUGACUUUAUUCAACCCCUCCACACUAAUCACUCCCCCAUAGAAAACCAUUAAACAAGCAUUGGCCUUUUUGCAGGGAUAUGGAGGCCGGCCAGAACUCUACACCUGUCCCUAAUUACGUGACGUUCCCUAUACUAUCACCAGUAUUAUAAUCAACCAUUACCUAAUAUGGAAUCCAACAAAAGUUCAAUGCAUCCAAUUUCUUAAUUAAAUUAAGAAAUAAACUAAUGGGAGAUUACUAUUGAUUGUAUAGAUCAUUACAGGGAUCAAUCUUCUUCUAUUUAAGAAGUAAGCAAAAACUACACCUGGUCUCAGUCCAUUGGUGGCCAAGUAGCUUUCAAAGGUCUCCCCUAAAGAAAAAAAUUAACCCCCUCCCUAAUAUUCUAUGAAUUAAUGCAAAUCUUUUCACUGGAUUAUGCUUAUAGAGGGUGGCUAUAAUAAAUUCUUUUGUAUGGCCUUUUGCCUAGAUGCAAUAAGCUCUAGUACAUUGGUGGCACAUGGUUGUUACUUUUCGCUCCGUAAAAGUCAUAUAUGUAUUAAUUUUAUAAGGGGAAAAUAUAGGGUACAUAGAAAAUUCGAAAACACAAAACCUAGCUAUUAAACCUUACGUUUUACUUAUGUUUUACUAUCUCUGAUGAUACAAAUCAUAUCGGCUCCUUAUACGGUAUCAGGAGGUGACAUGAUUCGUAUCAGGAUGAUAAGACAUGCAGUUUUGUAGUUAGUGAGUCUUGUACUGUAACCCUGUUGUUUUAUAAUUUAGCUUUAUUUUUAUUCUUGAAUAAUAAUCCCCAAAAGGACAUGUAACUCCAUUCCUUAGACAAAACAUAAUUAAUAAACUAGUCUUAUGGUAUUAUUCUCUCACCACCCCCAUUUCUAGAAAGCUUGAUACCAAUCCUCAGAGCAUCUUGGCCGUCGGAUUCGUGCUGAAAGGGGGAAAGAAAGAAGAAAACAUCCUUCAAAACCCUAAAGAUGAUGUCGGGGCAUAUCAGUCAAUAUUGUUGGUUGGAAUCUCGACCAUAAUAGGAAGCUAAAGUAAUAAGUACAGUGGUGAAUCUGUAAUCGAUGUAUAGUUUAGGGAGUGAAGGUGUAAUAUUCCCCAAGAAAACAAAUAGAUGAGGAUUUUAUGAUGGUGACUCUAGAUCAUGUUUACAACAAGCUGGUGGAGAGAGUAAGCUAACAGAGUGGUGCACUCUCUAGUAUAAAUAUGGACACAAAGCAACUGUCCUUUGAAGUCACAGAAUAUGAUUUGGUAAACAAAAACCAAAACCUCUGGGCUUGCCAAACAAAUAGUAUUAGCCAAAAAAGAAACAUAGUAUGUCGUGGGGAAUAAGCUGCAGCAGUAAUGGUACUGCUGUGGUUGAACAAGAAGCAGCUUCUGGUUGGAGAAAGGGGCCGUGGACUGCGGAAGAGGACAAGCUGCUGAUCGAUUAUGUCAAGCUGCAUGGCGAAGGACGAUGGAACUCUGUUUCCAGGCUUGCAGGGCUGAAGAGGAAUGGGAAGAGUUGCAGACUGAGGUGGGUGAAUUACUUGAGGCCAGACCUCAAGAGAGGCCACAUCACCCCACAGGAGGAGACCAUUAUUGUGGAGUUGCAUGCUAGGUGGGGGAACAGAUGGUCUACUAUAGCGAGGAGCCUGCCAGGGAGAACGGACAACGAGAUCAAGAACUACUGGCGAACCCACUUCAAGAAAAAGACCAAAGCGCCCCUCCUCGACGCCUCGCAGAAGGCCAGGAACCGCCUCCUGAGACGGCAGCAAUUCCACCAACAACACAAGGAGCAGCAGCAGCUGAACCAGCCGGACAUGAAAAAGAGGAUUUCCUUGCUCGACGACACCAACAACGAUGACAAUUACCACGUGGCUCAGUUCAGCGGCACGCAAGAAGCUGCCGCCGCGGCCAAUAGUAGCAGCAGCAGCAGCAGCAGCAACGGUUCUGUUUACACCGACAGCGGUGAGGAGCAUAGGAUUUUCUUUGGCAACGAUAUGUUACCGGCGGCAGAGGAAGGAAGUCUGUGGGACGACGAGGGGCUGUGGAGCCUGGAAGAGUACUUUCAUGCGGCGGCGGCGGCGGCUAUGGGAAGAGUCCCGGCGAACUUAGUUGCACCUAAUUUUUGUUGACUUAUUAAUAAUCUGCAGUAGCUCAUGGAUCCAAUUCAGUUUGGAGUUUCGACCGGUUUGUAACUCGAACCAGUAACUGUACAUGACCUUCAGCCGCUUUGAGCGUGUUACGUUCUGUUUCGUGUCUAGUAACAACACUGAGAAAGGGAGGAGUUUAAACUGUGCAAGGGUCUCUGCUAAACCGGAAAAAGCAAAGAGAAAAUAACUCAUUUGGAAUCUUUAACUUAAGAUUGAUCUGCCUCACCAAGACAAAGUCAAGAAGAAGUGAAGCUGCAUACAGAAACUGGAGGGUGCCAACCAGUUUCUUCAUGGGAAGUUCUUUCCAGUACUGGACGGAUGCUCACCCAUAUUGAUUUCUCAGCGACAGCAUGGUCUGGUUCCCGUGACAGACCAAGAACUUCCUCCCUGUCUACUGAUGAACUAACAAGCUGGAGAGCCAACAGAAAUGCAAAUACCACAAACAUGGUUUUGGGAGCUGUCUUUUGCAAGAAAAUGCCACCAAGGAAGUUGCCAAGGAUCCCACCUAUAGCCAAAGCCAUAGAUGCAUAGGACUGGAGGCCUCCUAUUCUGUGUUUUUGGCCAUACACAGCAACAAGAGCAUCUGUAGCAACUUCAGUAAUUGAAGCACCAAUAUUACUCAAAAGGAUGCAUGCCAUGAGCAUGGGAAGAGCUUUACAUGCAACAGGAAUCAAUGCCAACACACCCCCAAGGUAAUACCUGCAAACAAACUGCACAAAAAAGCAUUUUGGGAACUUUCAUCAGUCAAAGAUCAUAAAACCAGUCCCAAAGUAAGGAAUAUAAGAGAGAACGGCAG